AUGUCCCAAAUGUUCAUGCAAUUCCCUUUAGCGUUUGCCGGUGUUUUCGCUGUGAUGAUGCUCCUGGGUCAUGCUCAGGAUCAACAAGACUUCAUUAGUAUAGACUGUGGCAUACAAGGAAAUUCAGACUAUACAGACAACACAACGACCAUUCGAUACACUCCAGACACUGAUUUCAUUGACACCGGUGAGGGAAGAACCCUACCGCGUGACUAUAAUUUACAGCGGCAGUUUUGGUUUGUUAGAGUUUUUCCUGUAGGAAUCAGGAACUGUUACAAAAUUGACAUUAAAAGCGGGCAAAAGUAUUUGAUACGAGCAAGCUUUGUGUAUGGCAAUUAUGAUGGGGAAAAUAGUUUACCUGAAUUUGAGUUACAUCUUGGAGCUAAUUUUUGGGAUUCUGUGUCAUUCACUGAAGUGGAUUCUCCCACAAUCAAGGAGCUCAUACAUAUCCCUAUGCGAAAUUACAUACAUGUUUGUCUGGUUAACAUAAAUAAAGGUGUUCCGUUUGUAUCGACUAUAGAACUCAGGCGUUUACGCAAGGAUAGUUAUCAAACUGAAGUCGGGUCUCUGGCACUUUUGCAGCGAAGUAACAUGGCAGCAAAUGACACCAUCUACAGGUACCCAAACGAUAAUAAUGAUCGUAUAUGGUAUCCUGAACCCAGUGAUGAUUGGGAAGAACUAACUACUUUGUCCCCCAUUUUGGAUGAAACCCCUUACCAGCUCCCAUCUGAUGUCAUGAAAUUGAAAAAGAUAAGCGUCAGUCUGUCUAGAAAGCUCAAUGUUAUUAUCAAUAGAGAGCUUAUUUCUGCGAAUUUAUCAAACAACAAAUUGUCAGGACAGAUCCCAGAAUACUUGUCGCAGUUGCCAAACUUAGAAAUAUUAAACUUAGACAACAAUGAGCUCACAGGCUCAGUGCCUUCCAGGCUUGACGCAAAAAGAAAUGACGGGUUGUCAUUGAGUGUGUGCGGAAAUCCAAGCUUAUUAGGGCAUGUUCCUUGCAAGAAGAAGAAGAACAACAACACAUAUGUGAUUCUGGUCAUUGUGACAAUUACGCUAGUACUGUUAUUGGUUCUUUCCGUUGCAGCAGCUAAAUUUUGGAAAUCCAAAAAAGGGACACAUGAAGUGUUUUUGAGUUUUAGCGGGGAGGAUACUCGUCAAGGUUUUACACGUAACCUGUACAAAGAGUUAGUUGCGAAAGGAAUCAAUACAUUUAUGGAUGAGAAAGGGCUCAAAACAGGAAAACAAAUAGGAACCGCACUUAUUGCUGCAAUAGAAGCAUCGGAUAUAUUCUCAGAAAAGUAUGCUAGGUCACGUUGGUGUUUGAAUGAACUUGAAAAGAUCAUUGAAUGUAACAAAUUACAGCGUCAACAUGUUAUCCAAAUCUUUUACAAAGUGGAACCAACGGAUGUACGACAUCAAACUGGUAAAUUUACCCUUGACAAUUCCCAAAAUGAGGACAAGAUCAACCAAUGGAAAGCAGCUCUUUCUCAAGCAGCAGGUUUGAAGGGAUUUCAUUACAAAGGCGACAGCCAUGAAGAUGCAUUGAUCAAGGAGAUUGUUGAAAGCGUAUCAGCUGCCAGAAGGGAAAAAAACCCACUUGAUCGGUUCGACAAAAUAUUCCCACCAGAUGGUAAAAACAAAAUAGUCAUCUAUACGACUUCAUCAAAGGGGCACAAGAACUACCGUAAAUGCCAGUUAAUGCUCGACAGCUUAGACCAAUAUAGCUCUAGGCUACAGCUUCGUGACGUCUCAGAGACAAUGAAUGAUAGACUGGGUGGUUCACCACAGUGCAAAGAUCGGUCUGAUGAUUCUGAUGUUUUGCCACUUCUGUUGUAG